AUGUUUCAUGAUAUUCAAAUUCUAGUUGAUCCAGUCGAUUUGGACAUGUUCAAAGAGAGAUUGAAACAUUUUCGUAUCAAUGGAUUGGUAUUAUCAGAAAACGUACAACAAUUUUUUAAUCAUCAAAAAAUUAUGUCGUAUGUACGCGCGAAAUGGGAUUCAUAUCCGUGGAAUGUUUAUCAUGAUUUAAAAGGAGUUUAUCAAUGGAUGACUGACAUCACAUCAGCUCAUUCAGACAAAAUAGCUUUGAGGGCAGUAGGAAAAUCUGCCGAAGGAAGGGAAAUAUUAGCGGUUGAAUUCAAAAAUCCAAAAGCUAAAGCUAAAGUUAUAGCGGUUGGUGCUAUCCACGGUAAUGAAUGGAUAUCUACUGAAUUUGUGACUUAUCUCAUACACAAACUCCUCAACGCUGACAAAUCACUCAAUAACAAACUUAAACAAGUCGCAAGGAAAUAUCAAUGGCUUUUGAUACCUGUCGUAAAUCCAGAUGGGUACGAUUACAGUAUGAGGGUUGAUCGAUUAUGGCGUAAAAAUAGAAGAGACCUCGGAAAUGGAACUGUCGGUGUAGAUUUAAACAGAAAUUUUGAUUACAAUUUCUGCAAACACGGAGGAAGUACUAAUCCCAAAAACGAAUAUUAUUGCGGACCGAAGCCUUUUUCUGAACCUGAAACUCAAGCUUUAUCGAAAUUUGUACACCUUCAUCACGGAAGUCUGAACUUUUAUUUUGCUUUCCAUUCCUAUGGACAGAAAAUAAUUAUACCUUAUUCUGAUAGAGUGAAACAUAUUGAAAACUUUUCGGAAAUGGAAAAUUAUGGGAAACAAGCAAUAUUGAAAAUGUAUAAAUUGAAUGGCGUCAAAUAUGGAGUCGGAACUAUUUACGACACAUACGGAUACAGAGCUUCUGGUGACAGCAUAUCUUGGGUAAAGAAGACUUAUAAAGUGAAAUAUUCAUUGGCCUUUCAACUCCGUGACAACGGCACCUUCGGAUACGCUUUGCCACCUGAGAAAAUUCUACCAGCUUGCAAGGAAAUGCUUCUAGGCUUAGUCGAACUAAUGACGGUAUUCCGAUUUACAAUGAAAAUAAUAUUAUAUUUAAUUUUCCUCGUACACUGCACAUUUUGUUCUUCAAAAAAAUAUCACAACCAUACAUUAUACCGAGGAAUACCUGUGACGGAGAAACACUUGGAUUUCUUUAAGAAUUUAAGUGAAAAUUAUAAUGCAAAUUAUUGGAGACCGCCUGGACUUGUUUAUAGACCAGUGGAAUUUGUAAUUCCUCCAGAAAAGAAGAGGCAAUUCACAAGAGAUUCUUUAAAUCAAGGAAUAUAUUUGACGACCAUCAUAGAAGAUAUUCAAAGUGCAUUUGACAAGCAAACUGUAAAAACGUAUAUAAGACGAAAUAUGGACUCAUUCGACUGGCGCAGUUACUUCCGAUUGGAUGACAUUUACAAUUGGCUCCACGAUCUUAAUAGAAUGCAUCCGGAAUCAAUGCAAUUGCAGAGCAUAGGAACAACAAAAGAAAAACGAGAUAUUUUAGCAGCUAGAAUUGUAGUGGGAAGUACAAAAAACAAGCCCAAAGUUAUCAUAGAAGGUGGUAUCCACGCCAGAGAAUGGAUUUCAAUAGCAUUCGUAACAUAUUUCCUGCAUCAAAUUCUCACAAGUAAAGAAACUGGAAAUAUAGCAUUGAGGACUAUAGCUGAAUCCUACGAAUGGUACUUCAUACCUGUCCUAAAUCCUGAUGGAUAUGAAUACACUCAUCUUAAGGAUCGGAUGCGUCGAAAGAAUUCUAACGGUGUGGAUAUUAAUAGGAAUUUUGGAAUUGCGUUCGGAACUGUAGGCGUAAGUUCCAAUAAGAAGAGUGAAAUAUAUUGUGGGCCGAAAGCGUUUUCUGAGGCCGAGAGUUCCGCCAUGGGUAACUUUGUGAGAGAAAAAAGUAAAGAUCUCAAGUACUACAUUGCCUUUCAUUCUUAUGGACAAUAUAUGAUUAUACCGUACGCCUUCUCAACUAAACACCAUGAAAACUUUAAUGAAGUUCAAUAUAUGGGACUUCGUGCCGGUGAGGUUAUUUCAAAAAGAUACGGGACACAGUAUAGCGUUGGAACAGCUUAUGAUACUGUUGGUUACGUAACAUCUGGUGUCAGUGGAUGUUGGGUAAAGAAAACUUUUAAAGUUCCAUACAGCAAAAUUCUUGCCAACGAAGAAGUAGUACUUCUGAUCCACUACACUAUUCUUUGUUCCACUCAAAACGCGUACAAUGAUGUUUAA